UGUCAUCCCUAAUUAGAAUAUUUCUAUUUUUGCCAAAAGCAUAAUUGGUUUUAAAAAAUAAAUGUUUUUAUUGGCCCAAUAAUUGGCCAACACAUAAUUUGUUAGAACAGCUGUGUGUCAAGAGGAGCAUUCCUCUUUCAAACAACAAUCAUUUUACAGAAAAACCACACAAUGAAAAGAUACAAGCAAAAAUUGCGAGAAGUGUGGCUACAAAUGCCAGAAUUUCGACCAUGGCUACGUCGAGAUCCCGAAGAUUCAUACAGAGCUCGGUGCCGCAUGUGCAAAUGUGGCGUUAAUACAAAGAUUUGUGACUUGCGCGCUCAUGCAAUGACCAAGAAACACAUGAAGAGAAGUAACGCAGUUGAAAUCAAAAGAAACGACUCGAGCAACGACGAAGACGAGAUGUCAUUUGAUCGCAGUCCUGACUACAAACCCAAAGCUUCGACAUCGAAACGUGUCAACAAAAACAACAGCUAUGAAAGUCGAACCAAAUCAAAUCCAAUUAAAACGGAAACAAGAGGUAACAGUGGUCCCGAUUAUGAAGCGAUUAUUGAAAGUCUGGCACUGUACGAGCCGGAGCAAGCGCUGUUCUCUAAUGAAUCCACCACACAAUCUAGUCAUCCUAUUGACAAGGAGCUGAAUGGCACUAAUAAUAACAUCGAUGAGGAAAUGAUUACAAAUGCUGUGACCGUUGCGGUGAAGAACAUGAAAGAUUCGGCACAAAUAUUUGGGGAUUUUGUUGCUGAUCGUUUGCGACAAUUGACAGAGCAAACAUCCGAGUAUGCAAAGGAUAAGAUAAUGCAAGUUAUUUUAGAAGCUGCUGCGUUAGACAGAACGCAUGUGAAAUGCAGCGAAGAAUCAUAAUAUAUAUGUAUGUACAUAUAUUGUAGUAAUGUUAAGUCGAAAUAAAUCCCACAUCAGCCUUAAGUACAAAGAAUACA